AUGUUAAAUGAAAAUCUUAAAAGUCAAGAACAAAACGCAGAAGUUCCUCAUUUUACAGAAAAAUUAUUAUUAUCAUCAUUAUGGUCUUUAAAUAAACGAUUAAAUAUUUUAAUAUGUUCUAUUCUUUCAAGAACCGAUAAUCAAUCUAAUAGUGGUCUUGUUAUCACAGAACCGGGUCUAUCUUAUAGGAAAUGCGAUUCAAUAUUAUUUCCAUUAAUUUCUAAUCCAUUAUUGCCACUUUCUUCUAUUCGGCGUAUUCAUUUUGAUGGAACAAAUUCAAAUGCUUAUUUUACCGAAUUAAUUGAAGAUUCAAUUAAAUUGUGGGCAGCGAAUUAUCCAAAAAAAAAAUUAUUGGUUAUGUUUCAAGAAUUCAUACGUCAACUUUUUUCUGGUAAAUGUCGAUUAAUUUCACUUCGAAUUGGUCUUGUUUAUGGUGAUUUUGGCCUUUAUCAAUAUUUCAAACUUAAUCAUUAUCUCUCUUGUUCAAUUACGGAGCAAUAUCGAGCUUCUCGUCAUACUCUUCGUCGUUUACAUAUUCAUCUUAAUUAUACAUAUUUUUUGGAAUAUCUUAUUGAACAUCUUCCUGUACCUGAAAACCUAAAUGUUAUUUUUUGUGAUUCAUUAGACGUUAGGCCAAGAUCUAUGUUAGACAUUGAAAAUUUGAUAAAAACAAGUGGACAUUGGUUUAAUAAAGUUUUCAUUUCAAUAUUCCUUGAUAUUCCAACGAAUUGUUCACCCAUUAUAAACCUUAUGAAUGAAGAAGUUAGUGAACAAAAUCUUGAAAUUGUGCCAUCAUCUCAUAUUUCAAGUUGA